UUUCGAUUAAUACAUGGCGACGUCCAUAAAAAGUCAUAGGUGAAGAAAGUUAGCAAAACAGUUGUUUGAAAGCUUCAGAAGAGGAAGAAGAAGUGAAAAUCGAAACAUUUACGUCUGAACAAGUUGUAACCCCGACCAAUUCAGAAGUAAUGGAAACGGCAUUUGAAACUAAGGCUGAGGUUGCGGUACAAGAAAAGGAAACUACUCCAGUAGCCAGUCCUAAGACAGAAGAAAAGGAAAGAACUCCAAUAGAUGCAUCUAAGUCAUCAUCUGAAUGUUCUGUUGCCAAUGGUGAAGAGAUAGACAACAGUGAGGGAUCUGGUGACGCUGCACGUGAGGACGUGUCGCCAGAUGGAGACAACAGCUCGGAGGAACUCCUCUCUGAUGCAAAAGAAGCCAGUCCAGAAGCCACUGGUGAGCCUGCAGAAGGACCUGAGUUGGGUCAGACACAAGUGAAAGGGAAAUCAUCCGAAUCACCAACCAAACCUAAGAGUAAAAAGAAGGAAGACAAGAGCAUAGAGCACAUUCUUCGUGCGUUGAACAGUCUGUCUACGACGGAGGAGAAGCUAGCGGCGCUGUGUAAGAAAUACGCUGACCUGCACGAGGAGCACCGCGUGCUGCAGACAUCAUUCAAACAGUCACAGCGCAAGAUGACCGUCGUAACGCGAGAGAAGGUGCAGCUGCAGAUGGAACACACGAAGGCUGUGAUGGCGAAGAGCAAGCUGGAGAGUCUUUGUCGCGAACUCCAGAAGCACAACAGGCUCAUUAAGGAAGAAAGUUUGACCCGAGCCAGAGAAGAGGAUGAGAAAAGGAAGGAAAUCUCCAAUAAGUUUCAGACGACUAUUGGAGAAAUCCAGACUCAGAUGACUGACAACCAUGAACGUAACACGAAGCUGCGGGAGGAGAACGCCGACCUGGCAACAAAACUGAAAAACUUCAUUGAGCAGUACGAGCUGAGAGAGCAGCAAGUGGAAAAGAUUAUGAAGCACCGUGAACUAGAGAAGCAGUUGGCAGAUGCUAAACUUGCCCAGGCCAAUGCAAUCAUGGCCGAACAAGAGGAGCGUGGAAAGAAGGAGAAGGAACUGCUUAUUCUUCAAGCCACUGAAUCGCAGAAGAAAGCACAAGUCUUAGAAACACAAUUGACCAUGUACAAAGAACGUUACGAAGAAUUUCAGAGUACCAUCAACCGCAGCAAUGAUAUGUUUCAGAAAUUUAAAACUGAAAUGGAUAAGAUGACGAAGAGGAUCAAGAAACUGGAGAAGGAGGGAGCAUCUUGGCGAGCCAAGUGGGAAACGAGUAACAAAGCUCUACUUGAAGUGACUGAUCAGAAAAAGAAAGUGCAAGGAAACAUGUCUACGAUAAUGACCAAGUGUAGCAAGCUGGAAUCGCUGUGUCGGGCACUGCAGGCAGAACUGCAUGGAAAGAAGCCCACACCUGUACCAGCUUCACCGGAAACCAACACUACAAACACAUCGACACCAUCUACACCUCCCAAUACCCCAGAGAAGCAACAGACACCACAGGAAAAUCCAUCAGAAGCAACCAAAUCAUCGAGUCCCGUGAAGAAGGGGAAGGAAUCAGUAACAUUACCCGAAGGUGCCGAUGAGGCAUCAAAGGCUGACAGUAUUUCUAAUGUUCCCCCAUCUCCCGACAGUGAUAAAAAUAACACAGUUUCCGAGGUGGUCAGGGGUGAAUUCGAUGACAAGGAUGAUCGUUCAGUGGUGUCUAACACAGCAGAUUCCCCUGACCAGGCACCUGUCGGUGGAGCUGGGGAGACACCAGCUGACGGAUCCAGCAAGACAACUGCAGAAACACCUGUGGAAAAACCUGCGGAAACACCUGUGGAAAAACCUGCCCAAACACCUGUGGAAGCACCUGCAGAGAGUGUUGACCAAGAGGAACAAGCAGUGCCUUCUGAUUACAACAUUGCAGAUGUGGAUUAACCCUUUUAGAACUUAACUAGAGCACCAGGAUGAAUGUAACAUUAAUUUUAGUUCAGUGUUCUUAAUUAUUCAUAGCUCAUUUUGGAGUAAGCCUUUGCAAAGGAUAGUUUGGUAAGAUUAAGUUAUUUGUAAAGUGUAACUCAGUGUCAAUAUAAAUAAAUUUUAAAAAUGAAGCAAGUCAGUUUGCAUAAGAUAUAGGUAAAACAUCCAUAGCUUAGUUAUUGAUCAGUAUAUUUUAAUCUGAAAUAGCUGCUAACUUAAAAAGUAACCCCAAAAAACAAACCCCAACAAGAUGAAUUAGGUUUUUGCCAAGUGUCUGCAUCUUUAAAAAAACCAUUUCAUUUUCUUCUUUUUUUCCAGUGGUAACUGACAAGUCAUUGAGAACAUUAUAUAAUGGUUAAAAAAAAACAAAAAAAACAAUCACCUCUUGUCUAUGUCUACCCAGUGUUUUGUUUUAAUGUAAUACAUUUCAGCUACUUUCCAAAUAUCAAGCUUGCUAUCACACAUGAAAUUCCUAUGGGAUUGUAUUAUAGGGACUGUACUCUUAAAUUUUUCUAUCAUCUGUUUUUCCCACCACCUGCAUGAGAUGAUUUUCAAUUAUUUAUUACAUUGGCCCAUUAUAUUCUUUCAUCUCUGCUCUGAUAGGCACAGCUUGUAACAAUUUUUUUUUUUUAUGGAAUACAUUUCAGUUCAAGUUCCAGUGUCAAACUUGCAUGUAUAUGAAAUUCCUGUGAGAUUGUAUUACCAUACAAGGACUGUGUUAUUGUGUUUCUGGCACCAUGUGUACUGGGUUAACAUUGCAGAUUAGUUUCGUCACUUAUGGAAUACAUUUGCCGAGUAUUUUUUAAUUGUAUAUCUGCUGUGAUAGGUGAAGCUUGUAUUUUGUAAUUGUGCUAUAAAUAUCAAUUGCCCUACAUAGCCUACAUGUUCUCUGGAAAUACACUUUAUUGUUGCAACUUUGGAUAGAGUGUAAUGCCUGAAUGCUUAUUUAGAAUAAGAGUAUUUGUAUGUUAAUAAUCAUUAAAUUGAUGUGCAAAGCUAUGGAAGUUUUCUAUGAAUGUAACCAUAUACCCAGAAAGAUUUAUUAGAAAAUGCACAACAGGUAUUGAAUUUGUAAGUGCAGUUGAGAGGUCAUAGGGUCUUAGCCAUACAUACAUACAUCUACCAACACACAUAAUUCAACUGAACGGAAUGACAUUUUCCAUCUGAGUGCAUCAACUUGUAGUUAAUGUCUUGUUUAAGUUUGCCUAAAUUUUAAUAUAUGACCACAUACUAGUAGUUAAAGUUUUUGAAAAAAAAAAAAAAUCAGAAAUUGCUUUUAAUGCUAAACCAUUUUUUUUUUUAUCGACAGUUUUCAUAUUUCGUAUGUUUAUUCACCAAAUACGUCUUUCAGCAGUACACUUUUAAUACCAUAGUUACAUGUAUGUUGUCACGGUAUGAUUAAGGCCAUUCAGAAUCUUGUUCAAAGUUUCUCCAAUUGCUAUAAUUUAAUUUGUGAUCGAUUUGAUGGAGGUCUUUCAUAUUUGGCAUGAGCGUUCUGUAAGCGAAUCUUUCAUUGGCUUAUCUCUUGCAGCCCAUACAACUGACCUUUAUUUUGAACUUUAUACGGUUUAUUAACUGCUUGGAACUUUUGAAUCCGUUCAUGGUAUAACUUUUCAACAAGUAACAGUCUGUCACAAAUAUGAUACCAGCACAAGAUAGAUACUUGAUAACAAAUAGAAAAAAACUGUGUUGUUUGAAACAGUUUUACACUAAGGAAUUUAGUAAAAAAACGUGCAACGGAAUCUGGUAUUGGUCUAAUUGUCCCUUCUUUUAAAGUUAUCUAGCAGUUAUGUGGAAUGAUUUAUGUUUUCGCUUUUCAGUAUAUAACAUGCGAGUUAUUAAGUCUUUGCCAAUCUUAUUUCAGCUGUAUUAAGCCAAAGGUUUUCAGUUUUCAUUUUGUUUGGACUGUGUGCAUUUGGAGUAAUUUGGAACCGAGUGAAAUAGUAUGUAUUAAACAUAGUUUGCAUUUGAUAAAUGCCCGAAAACCUUUUUUUUUCUUCUUUUUUUGAUAUGCCCAUGCUAAAUGGUAUGGCGUUGUUUUCAGUCCAUCUGUUAACUUGCAUGCAAGUAUAGCUUGGGAACAAUGGUGUGUCACAUACCAUAACUAGGUCACUACGACCAACUUUGAGCACAUUACCACCCAUUAAAAGCAAUCCUUGUCCUGGCCAUAUCUUCCUUAUCAUUUAAUAUAAUAUCAUCAAACCUUGCAUGCCGGUACAACUGUGACCUACCGGUAUUUAUCACGGAUUACUGCACAUCUGUCGUCGUUCAAAAACAAACUAUAAUCCAUCGUAUUUGCAUAAAUUUCAUAUAAUUAUAAUCCAGUCAUAUAUAACACAUUCAUUAACAUGUGUGUUUCUCUGGAGUCUUGUCAAACUCUGGACAGGUGUAUCAUGUACAGUCACUGCUACUCUUGUUUGACAAUGUAUGACUGGGUUUUUUUUUGUAAACAACAAUAUUAAUGAAACUUGUAACAGUGUUUGGAUUGUUUUAUUUGUGCUAAAUUAUAAAAUACAUAUUGAAUUGUGUUUUGUGAUCAUUUGAUUAUUAUGGAUUUUUUGUAAAAAUUUUGCUUUUUGCUUUUAGCUUUUAUUAAUACAGUGUAAGAUCAUUGUUUUCAUCUUUUAUGUUUUUUGUUCUGUUCUAAUUCUAGUUCGUAACACUUUUGCAUUUCACAUACCCUGUCAUAUUUAAACAUUCGGUGAUGAUAUCAGAAAAGGUUGUUUAUACAAUGAGUCAUAGCACAUUGUCACUAGUUCACAAGGUGUCUAGUGUAUAUGGUGGUAGUUAGGCUUGAUCCAGAUAAUGAGAGAAGGAGCAGCAUACAGCCUCCUCCCAACAGUGGGCAUGGACACUGUGUUGUGUGUUCCCCAUCAGGUUCUUCCCACAUUGCUGUUGGGUUAAUGGGGAUCAGACUUUAUGUGUGUUUUUGUGCUGGGAUGUCAUUAAACAUUGAUUCAUUCAUGCACAGGGCUUCUACAAUGUUUACAAAAUCCACUAGCCAUGGGAUCAGUGAUUUAAACAUUUUACUAGCCAUGAUUGAAAAUUCACUAGCCCUACUUUACUUAAUACAGUUUUCCUAAUAGUAAUAAUCGGAUAUGUUACCUAAAGAGAUUAAAAAUACCAAUACUGGGGUCAGGGUGGGAGCAGCAUAUUCAUAUUUACAAAAUAGACUAAAAUGUAGCAUAUGACAACUUUUUUCCACUAGCCAUCGGGCAUGGCAAUAGUAGUUAUUUACUAGCCCAACAUUGAAUAUCACUAGCCAUGGGAGUGGGGCUACCAUAAUCUAGAAGCCCUGAUGCAUUAAUUAAUUUAUUCUUUCAUUGGUAUCAGUCUUCCUUGGGUCAUACAGAUUUUGGCUUAUAUUUAUGCUUGACAUUGUGUAUUUGUACAUGUUUUUUUUUUAAUAUAUAUAUAUUUUUUUUUUAAAUAACAGUAUAAUUAAUGAUCUGUCAAUCUGUGUGCAUGACUAACUACUGUUUAUCUGCCAUUCAACUUUGCUUUGCCAGUGUUCACACACCAAACAAACUGUUCAGAUCGCCUAAAUUCGUGUGUAGUGGCAUAAAACUCAAACUGCACUAUCGCACAUGAUGUGGAUUUCGCAAUCAUGGCAAUUAUGAAAAUGGUCAUGGAAAAUUAUUCACCACAACACAUUCGAAUGUGGUUUUGUUGUUAAUGUAUAAGAAAGGACUUUUAAUUGGUCAGUAUUACACAAAUAAAUAAUUAACUAACAAGAGAUACAUAUGACAGAAAAUUGAAAGCUCCACGGCAAAAUAAAUGCGACGCGAAAUUGAAAACACUGCAGAAAUCUCCACGGCAUUGCUAAUUGUUCUGGUUAUUUGCCAAGAUCGAGCUUUUUGUAUUUGCUAUACUACCAGAUGAAAAAAAAAAUAUGGCAACCUGCUCAUGUCAGAAUAUUUUUAUUGACUAUUGAUCUGAGUGGUGCUUAACUUUUGUGCAGGUGUGUACAUAUACAUGUAUAUAAAAGAAAGUGGGAGAGAAAAUUAUCAAUUUAUUAUACAUUUUGUUUGGUAAUUAGUUUUGUGGAAAGUUUUAUCCGCACAAUGAUUUACGAUUGCCGCUUAGUGAAAAGAUUCGGCCAUUUUUUAUCCUUGUUGACCUAACUAGAAUAAAACAAUGCAUUCAGGCAUCAAGAUAAUAUAUUAAAAUCUUGCUAUAUGUUUUGUUUAGUCUGUCAUCAGAUAAUAUAUUAAAAUCUUACUAUACAUGUACAUGCUUUUGUUUAUUUAUGCAAUAUAAUAAUGUUGGCUUGUGUUGUACAUUGAUCAUGCAGUAUUACUAACAUUGGAUUGUGUGACUGAUUAGUGUUUGCAUUUGUUCUUGAUCAGUAAUUAUAAAUAUAAUAUGCUGUCUUGCAUAAUAACACACAUGCAGUCUUUUUAGUAUUUGUAUAUAGACAUUGGCUACUUUAAGUACAUUAUUUAAUAAAUUAAACCAAUUUUUUUGUAGUAAU